AUGAAGUCUGGUAGUGAUGAGAACGCGACGCCGCCGUCUCCAAGGGCAGCAGGAGCAGCAACGGACGGAGAUGAUGGCGGCGAUGUUAGUACAGCAGAUGGUUCCACCACCAACCCCGGUGCUGCUGGCGUGGAGGAUGGUCGAAAGCUGUUGGACCAGUUUCGCCGGCAACGGAGGGCCUCGUCGGUAGACCGCGGAUUGCAAGCCACUCGCGGGCGAGGAGCACACGUAUCAAGACUACGGCGGCCUCGGGAGCUGUCGGGAGCUUCCCCCCACAGCAGCCACCACGCGUGGGGGGCGCACCACGCAUCGUCUCGGCGAGAACGCGGCGCGCCUGCAUCCACGGUUCACGGCCUAGAUCACAGCGACUCCCGUUCGUCGUCGGAGCAGCUCGUUGGCCUUUCCCUGCUCCCCGGCGGGGGGGGGGUUGGCGCCGCCGACGGCGGCGGCGUUGUGGGAGGGGGGGGGGGCUCUCCUCAUUCAGUGCGAUCGUGGAUGGGACAGUCGCUCGCCGAAGGUCCUGAUCCUCGAGGGUCCCGGGGGCGUAGCGUGCCUACGCAGAUGAGAGGAUCCGGGGGGGAGAGGGACAAUGACGCCUACCAGGCACAACUCGCAGAGGUGCUCGGCAGGUGGGAAGCGGAGCGUGCGAAGACGGCCGAGCUUCAGGGUCGCGCCGCCGCCGCUGCCGGCCUCCAUGACAGGGUAAGGUCCUCGCCGGGAACGGCCUCGCUCGCCCAGGCGGAGCUGGAGGAGGCAAGGGGGCAACUCGAGGCUGAGCGGAGGAGGGGGGAUGCGGCGGAGCGCGAGAUGAGCGCGUUGAAGCUCGAGGUGGAUGCGCACAAGCGGGAAAUCGAGGCGCGUGCUAAAGGCAACGAAGACCUGCGUUCGAAACUAGAGGCUCUCCAGACUGUCGAGGCACGCUCCGAAGAAGCCUCCGCGGCGGCGGACGCCCUUCGAGGAACGCUCCGAGAAACCGAAGAACGGUUGGAACGUUCCGAGGAACGCCGCCGGCAGUCCGAGGGGCUUCGGUCGAAGGAGGCGGAGGACGCCAGAGAGUCGCUGCAGGCCGCCCGCAAGGCGCUCGAGGAGACCGAGGCCGACGCCGCGGAACGUUCCCGGGAACGCUCCGCGCGCGCAGCCGGCCUGCAGGACGUGCUGAGGGAGCAGGGCGCUCUGCUGGCGGAGAGAGAAGAGAGGCUGGCGGAAGAGCGCUCGGGCCGAGCGGCGGAAAGAAUGGAGCUCCGUGAGUUGCGAUCUAGGGACGCAGGGUACGUCCGUGAGCUGAAAGAGCGCGCGGACGAAAUCGCGGAGCUCAACCAGGCCCUCUCUCAGCUUCAAGAAGAAGACCUGCAGACGGAAGAGGAAGUCGGGGCGGCCCGCGCUCUGCGUUCGGAGAACGAGGAACUUCAGGCACACCUCGCGCAGGCUCUUCGACAGGCGUCUGCGGCGGAAUCGUCUGCCCGGGCAGCGGAAGACCUCGCCAACAAGGCCAUUGAGGAGAUGGUCCAAGAGCUGCAGGACACAAGGGAGCGAUUACGAGAUGUGGAGGGGGAGCGGUCGCACCUCGAGCAACGGCUGGGCGCAGUCGAGGCACGCGUGUCGGAGGCGGCGCGCAACCGCGCCGACUUGUCCCGCCGCCUGGCGGAGACGGCCAUCGAAGCGGAGCAGGCGGGUGUCGAGAACCAGAGACUGGAGCACCGGGUUCGGUCCCUCUCGGAGACGUGGGAGGCCGAUGGCGGGGGGUUGGACCUGUCCUCGUCGAGCAGCUCGGACGGCCGGAGACAAAGCGCUGACGAGCUGCCAGCAGGAGGCGUUCCUCCCCGGCCGUUACAGGCCGCUUCUGGGCCGGCGGCGGCACAGCAGCAGCAUCAGGACUUGAGAAGACAGGUGGCGGCCCUCCAGGAGCACCUUGCGGCGGCAGAGGCGAGGGCGGCGGCGGCGGAGUCAAACGCCGAGGAGGCGGCGGUGCGGGGGGGCACGGCCGAAGCCGGCAAGGCCUCGCGAGGCAAGGUAGCACUUACGGAGGAGCCAAGUAGCGUCUCUGAGGCUGCCGUCGGCGUCAAGGACUGGUCCGAGGUGUCCCUCGAAGCUGCUCGCGUGGACCAGGCAGAGCUGAAGAACACUGUUGCGUCGUUUCGGAGCCAGCUGGAGGCCGCGCUCAGCGCGGCCGUGGCCGACAAGCAGAAGAUGUCCGCCGCCGUUGCGGACGCUCGAGACGAGCUGGCUUUCGAGGCCGACCGCAGGGUUGCCUUAGAGAGAGAGGUCACGGCACUGAGAUCGCGGCUUCAACAGCCGCAGCACCAGCACCAGCACCAGGGAGUAGGAGGCGCUGAACAGGCGGGGCGGUCGGCGGAGCAUGAGCGGGUGGCGGGCGCGGAGGCCUCGCUGGCAGAGCUGCAAGCCGUCUGCUCGAGGCAAGCGGAAGACGUAGCGGCGGCUCUCAAGAAGGCAGACGCAGCGAAAGGCGAGCUGGCCGCAGCGCGGGUGAGCAUCGCAGAUCUUGCUGCCGCCUCCGACAGCAGCCUCCAGGGUAAGCUGGAUGCCGCCGAGAGAAAGCUGGAAGAGUACGCCCGCGAGGCCGCCGCCGCCCAAGCUCAAGCGGAAGCAAUUCUCAGGGCUGAAGCGGCCAGCGUUCAUACCGCACUCCAGCGGCGGCUGCAGGAGGCCGAGUCUCGGGCGAUAUCGCUUGGCGAGGAACUGGAGGCCGCGCUGAGAGCGAAGGAGGAAAGCGACGUGCAAACUUCGAACACGGCGGCGGUGGCUGCUGCUGAGACUCUCAAGCAUGAACGCGCUGCCGAGGAAGCCAUCGCCACCGCGUCGGCGGCGAAGAAGGCGCAGCGGGACCUCGAGAACCGGCUGGACGAAGCACACGAAGAGCUAGCGGCCGCCAGGUCUCGGUCCGCGCGCGCCAGCGAGCGAUCCGCCGAGUCAGCCGCGGACGCCGCUAGGAGGGGCGCCGAAGCGGCGGCGGAGCUGCGGGCCGUCAGGGACGACCUGGGAGCCCGGGCCCGGGAGGCGGAGGCGACGGCGAGGGUGGCCGAACAGCGGGAGAGGGAGGCUCGGGCGGAGGCCGGCAACGCCGCGGCGAAGCUGAGCGCUGCCAGGGCGAAGGGCGAGUCCAUGGAGGCCGACCUAGCGGCGGUUCGCGCCUGGGCGGAGGCGGGAUCGCGGCGGGCGGGGUCGUCCCUGUCGGCCCUGCAGGCCCGCGCGGACGGGCUGGCGGCGCGUGCCGAGCGCGCGGAGGGGGCGCUGGCGACCGCCCGAGCCGACCUCGAGGCACAGGGAUCCGCCCUUGCGGCCGCGACGGAGAGGGCUAGGGAAGCAGAGGGCGAGCUCGAGGCCGCCGUAGCGGAGCACACACGGGCGGAGUCCGAGCUGAGGAACCGCCUGGAGAAGGACAAAUCCGAGGCCGUUGAAAACGCCAGGGCUAAGGCUUCCGAGGACCGAGCGCGGCUGGAGGCGGAGAGAUCUGAGGAGUUGGCUGGCCUCCGGGAGCGGCUAGAGGAGGCGGACGCGAGAGCGGGCGCGGCGGAAGCGCGGCUGGCGCGGGCGCAGGGGGAGGCGCUAGCCGCGCAAGAGGCUGAGUCGGCCACGGCGGCCGAGGCGAGCUCGGCUGCGGCCGUCCUCGGGGCAGAGCUCUCUGCUGUGAAGCACGAGCUAGCGCGGGCGAGGGCCACCCUAUCCGCGGAGCGGGAGCGCGCGGCGGAGGCACAGGCGUCGGCCGCGGAGCUCGCGAAGGAGGAGGUGCUCCGCGCGGAGCAGACGGCGAGCACGGCGGCCGCGGCCCUGAAGCACGCGCUGGCGGAAGCCGACGCGAGCGCGGCCGAGGCCAGGGGCGCCGCUGACGCGACGGAGGAGGGGCUCCGCGCCCUGCUGACGGCGGCGGAGAGGGACGCGGACGUGCGGUCGGAAGCCCUCGCGGUGAGCGAGGAACGGAGGGCGGCGGCGGGAUCCGCGCACGAAACCGUGCUAGAGCAGUCCAGGUCGGAGGCUUCGCGGCUGGUGGGCGAGCUCAGGGCUCAGCUCGCGUCGAAGGAGGCGAGAGCCGAAGCCGCCGCCGAGGCCUUGACUCGAGAACGGGCGCAGGCGGCGGCCGUCGCCGAAGACCUGGCGAAGCUCGAGGUCACGGCGAGAGACUCUCAGUCCCGAGAAACGGGCCUCAGGGGGGAGCUGUCCGCCGCGCGCGCGGCGGCGGUGGCGGCCGAAGAGGCCAAGGUCGCGGCGGCGGCCGCGGCGAAGUCGGAGGUCGACCGGCUCGAGCUCGAGGUGGAUGAGCUCAAGGACGAAGUCGCUCACGUUAAGGCCACCCUCUCCGCCCACCGCUCUAGCGCGGCCGCGCAGGGGGCGGCGCACGCGGAGGCGUUCGAGCGCGUGGAGGCCGCGGCGCGGGAAGCGAAGUCGGUGGCGCGGGCCGCAGAAGAACGCCUCAGCGCUGCCCUCGAGAAGGCCGAGAGGGACCUAGAGGCGCGCUCGGCCGGGCUGGUUGCCGAGCACAGGGAGCGGGAGGAAGCGGUGAAGGCCGCCGGUGACGUGGCGCUGACGGCGGCGGUGGCGCAGGUCAAGGUGCAGCUGAACGGUGAGGUCACCAUGGCGAGGGAGCAGGCCGAAGCCAGCGCUCGGGAAAGCGCCGUGUGGCGGGCCCGGGCGGAAGAGAAGGACGCCGACCUGGCGAGGCUCGACGAAGCCGCGGCGGCGACCGAGGCUGCCACGUUCGCCGAGCUCGCGACGUCCAGGGACGCGGAGACGGCCACUACGGCCGCGGCGGCCCGGCUGAGGCUCGAGGUUCAGGCGCUCGAGUCGGGGGCCGAGAAGGUCCGGGCCGAGAGGCAGGAGAUUGAGUCGGCCGCGAACGCCGCUGUCGCCGCCGGAGAAGCCAAGGCGGUCCGCCUGGCGGAGGAGGUGGAGGGUCUGCUCAAGGAGCUUGCCGGGGAGCGGCAGGAGGCGGAGGAGAAGCUAGCUGAAGCGCGGGCACAGGAAUUGGUGACGGGAAGAGACCACAUCCUCUUGUCGCUCCCUAGCGCUCGCGAGCUGCCGAGCUAG